AUGGCCCCCCAGCGCAUUCUGCAGGCUAAUCUAAAUCACACCACCGCCUCGCAGGACGUGUUUCUUCACAUUGUGGCGGAGCAGGGGUGUAACCUGGGGGUGGCCGCCAAGCCGUACAGAGUGUCGCCGAACAACGCGUUGUGGGCGGGUAGCCGGUGCGGUUCGGUGGCCAUAACAUGGAGACAGACGCGGGAUCCGGUUCCCUGCUCCAAGUUUGGGGUGGGGAACGGAUACGUCGUCGUGAAAUGGGGCCGUGUCUACGUGGCGGGAGUAUACGUUUCUCCCAAUAUGGACACGGCCUCAUUCGAGAGGGUAUUAGACGAAUUGAGAAUUUGUCUAAUGAGAAUUCCGCCAGCACACAGGCAAAUUCUGGUGGCCGGGGAUUUCAACGCCAAAUCGACGUUGUGGGGCUCCCCGGACGCUACUGCCAACGCUAGGGGCGGAAUUCUCGAGUUAUGGAUGGCGGGCCUGGGACUCGUGUUGCUGAAUUCCGGGAACGCACAGACCUGUGUGAGACUGCGGGGGGGAUCCAUAAUCGAUCUGACUUGGGCCAGUCCCUCCGUAGCCCGCCGGGUAAGGGAUUAG